GUAGUGGUAAAUUUGCAGAAGCACGCAAUGUCGACAGGCGCGGCAGCUCCACACAUGAACGGCAGCAGUGUCGUACCCGAUGAGGCGCGUCGCGAGGCCGAGUUCCUCGCGAAGCUUCGGCAGAUAAGCGUUGAUGUGCUAGCAAACAACCAUCCCCGCAUUCGUCUCCCUUCAAAAGUACUAGAACAGGUUGCACCGCGUCAACAGAAUUCGUUGCCCCCCAAGCCCACGGUCAAUAGCACCUCGAAUGGGCCUGUCUCUCAGUUGCCUCCCCGCCCGCAGGGCUCGUUUCCAAGAGUUCAAUCGCCACCGAAGAACGAUCAUCCUUCGCCCACUUCCCAGGGCCAACGCCCUUUCUCAGCCAGAUCGGCUUCGGGAAUGAUCAAUCCUGUAUUGCUCACCAAAUCAGACCACCUCAUCAGAGCAGAGUUGCAAUUGAAGCGCCAGCAGCUGGAGCGAUCGUUGAAGGAUCAGUUGGACAGAAAGGGUCGCAAUAAUGAGGAGGAGCGGGAAACGCUGGACGUGGAAAAUCUUCUCGUCCAGGCUCACAAACUGGUUCCACCCUUUUCUGGGCUAAUGAACACUGCCGCGAAUAGUGAUGAUGCUGAGUCUUUCGAUGAAAACUCGUAUUAUUCUAGUAAAGCAAACAGCUGGUCAUCCUCAGAGAUUGAUCGCACCCAGAUUGUCAAUGCUGAUGCAACAGACUCACUUACCGUACAGCAUAGGCGCUCCGAAGAAGAUGUGCAGAUGAAUUCUUCCAAGCAUACCCCUUUGAAUAAGGCGGUUUCCACAGUCAUCGAUCUCGAUGAGGAAUACGAGCCGUCCGAUGACAUGGCUGUAUUUGAGCCUGAACCGGCGCAUGUACAUGAAGAAGGGGACGAAUCUGAUUACUCCCCUCCACCAGCCGAAACCAGUGCUCAAGAACCCAAGAAAACACGGGGUCGCGGCACUAACGGCGCCGUAAAUGGGUCACCGAAUCAUAGUCCAGCCGGUCCGCCACCCCGUAUACAAAACAGUCGGAAGCGGAAGCGGGAGCAGAAGCGCAACAACGCCAACAACGCCAACAACAAUAACAACAGUAACGCAAACAAGCGGAUUGCUUAUUCUCCUGUGCCGGUCAUCAAGGACGAGCCCGUCUCCCCACCUCCUUUUGCAUCUCCUCUUGCUCGAGGAGAGGCUGCUCCUGCUCGUGAGGGUAGCAGAGGCCCACCUCCUGCUUUUAUUAGAGAGACAGAACCCAUCAGUCGGGCACCUCGCUACUACGAGGAUCAGUCAUCGCCCAGUUCAACCCGUCUAAUCCCUCAAAGGAGAGCUGAACGCGCAGAUGAUCUUCGACGUGUUGCUAGCCUUCAACAUGCCCGUCGACCACUUUCCCCCGUCGAAGGGGAUAUUUAUGCUGCACCUCAACAUCAGCCCAUUCGUGCAGUAUCUCACGCUUUCGCUGAGCGACCCAGAGAGCAUGCAGUUUACCGAGAAGGAUCCACUCGACCCUCAGCUGCACCACGAUAUAUACACGAGCGGUCACGGUCUCCAGUUCACGAUUAUGUCUCACGACCCCAAUCCCCGAUGAUGAUGGCGCCACCUCCUUCGCGUCAAAUAGUAGUGGAUCAGUAUGGCAACAAGUACUACGCAGCUCCUGCGGACGUGAGAAGCUCGGUCGCUCCUCCUAGUAGGAUGGUCGAGGUUGACCCUUAUUAUGAGCGUGCAUCCACAAGAGAACCUACAAUGCGCGCUCCUACUCGAACGAUUGUCUAUGAAGACGAUAACAUCCAAAGAAUGCCUCCGCCUCCGCCUCGACGCUACGUUGAGAUACCAGAUGCUGAUGCUCUGGAUGCUAGAGCCUACAGGCGGGAAACAUCUCAUCGGCCAGUGGAGGUAGGGUAUCGACCAUCGGAAGUUUUGGAACGCAGGCAAUCUGGAUUUUAUGAUGACAUGGGCCCACCUCGUGAGUACGUUCCCUCUCGAGCUUUCAGCGUUCGACCAGAGAUGCCACGACGAGAAAUACCCGAAGGAUAUGUUCGUCAUGAAAGUGUCCAACCAGGACACAUCCGCGUGAAUGCCCCUCAAUAUCGUGAAGUGAGCGUUCAUCAGGGCCCAUACGAUGAUCGUCGUUACGCGCUGGCGCCGUCCUCUAGGCGUUAUGCCGAUGAGAAUGUUGCAGACAGGCCGGUGGAGAUUUUGCAAGAGCCCUUUGGAGGUGAUGCACGACCAAUCAGAUAUCGCUACUGA